CCGCAGCGGAGCCGGACCCCAGGAUCUAUGCUCUUUACGUUCAAAACAAGAACCCUAAAGCCCUACGCGGUCCGAAACCUCAGAGAAACCAAUGACGGACGAUCAAUCGCAGACGUUGGUUUACAAACAGCGCUCACUUGAUAAAGGGUCUUAUUCUCCCGAACGUCCUUCGAAGAUCGCCAGAGUCAACGAGCAAGACCUCAUCGACGGAGACGACGAACACGUGGAAGAGCAAAGAGAGCCCACUGUUGGUGACCGAGCGAUGAUUCAAAACUCUAGAAUUCAAAGGUACUUAGUCGCGAUCGAGUAUAUUGGGACUCGGUUCUGUGGGGCACAGAAACAACUCAAUGACAGAACCGUUGUUGGUGUUCUCGAGGAAGCUUUUCAUAAAUUCAUCGGACAACCAGUUUCAAUCUUUUGCUCAAGUCGAACUGACAAUGAUGAUGCUUUUGGUGGCUUUGAAUUGGCAUUGGAUGCAGGAGUACAUGCCUUAUCAAAUGUUUGCCAUGUAGAUGUGGAACGGAUAAGCAAAAGGAAAAUUGGUGAAGUGAGCUGCUCAAGCUUACCCGUAUUGUUACCGCCUCAUGAACCUGCAGUGGUCAAAAGAGCUGUAAACCAUUUCUUACAGAAGAAUGAGGGUGAUAUAAUGAUAAUUGAUGUGAGAUGUGUUCCAGCUGAUUUUCAUGCUAGAUAUAAAGCUCAAGAGCGCACGUACUUCUAUCGCCUGUUAACCGGGCCAGAGCCUUUGUCAACCUUUGAGAAAGACCGGGCUUGGCAUGUACCUGAGGAGCUAAAUCUUCCAGCUAUGCAGAAAGCGUGCAAAGUUCUCGUUGGGCAUCAUGAUUUCAGUUCUUUCAGGGCUGCUGCUUGUCAGGUUGUUAUUUGUCUCCUGGAUAAGUAG